AUGGUGACGUCUCGCGCCGGACGGAAACUGACGACACCUUCGCGCAUCGCCGCUUCCGGUCUGCGUGAGUGUGGUUCUUGCGCCUGCAGAGAGUUCCCGGCUGGUGUUGCCGUGCGUGCGGUUGUGUUUUUCUCCAGUCGGCCUUCCUCCUCCGGGACCAUGGCCACCGAUUCGUGGGCUCUGGCAGUGGACAAGCAGGAAGCGGCUGUCAAGUCGAUGAGUAAUUUGCAGAUCAAGGAAGAGAAAGUCAAACCAGAUACCAAUGGUGUUAUCAAAACCAAUGCCACUCCAGAGAAAACAGAUGAAGAAGAGAAAGAGGACAGAGCCGCCCAGUCCUUACUCAACAAGCUGAUCAGAAGCAACCUUGUCGAUAACACCAACCAAGUGGAAGUCCUGCAGCGGGAUCCAAACUCCCCGCUCUACUCGGUGAAGUCCUUCGAGGAGCUUCGGCUGAAACCACAGCUUCUGCAGGGAGUCUAUGCCAUGGGGUUCAAUCGACCAUCCAAGAUACAAGAGAAUGCGUUACCCAUGAUGCUUGCUGAGCCCCCACAGAACCUGAUUGCCCAGUCUCAGUCUGGUACUGGUAAAACAGCUGCCUUCGUCCUGGCCAUGCUCAGCCGAGUGGAACCAGCAGAGAGAUACCCCCAGUGUCUGUGCCUCUCCCCAACCUAUGAGCUGGCGCUUCAGACAGGAAAAGUGAUUGAGCAGAUGGGCAGAUUUCAUCCAGAACUAAAGCUUGCUUAUGCUGUUCGAGGCAAUAAAUUGGAAAGAGGUCAGAAGAUCAGUGAGCACAUUGUCAUUGGCACCCCUGGGACCGUUCUGGACUGGUGCUCCAAGCUCAAGUUCAUUGACCCCAAGAAGAUCAAGGUGUUUGUUCUGGAUGAGGCUGACGUGAUGAUAGCUACUCAGGGCCACCAAGAUCAGAGCAUCCGCAUCCAGAGGAUGCUUCCCAGGAACUGCCAGAUGCUGCUUUUCUCUGCCACCUUCGAAGACUCUGUCUGGAAAUUUGCCCAGAAGGUGGUCCCAGACCCAAACAUCAUCAAACUGAAGCGCGAGGAGGAGACCCUGGACACCAUCAAGCAGUAUUACGUCCUGUGCAAUAGCAGAGAUGAGAAGUUCCAGGCCUUGUGUAACAUCUACGGGGCCAUCACCAUCGCUCAAGCCAUGAUCUUCUGCCAUACCCGCAAAACAGCUAGUUGGCUGGCAGCAGAGCUCUCAAAAGAAGGCCACCAGGUGGCUCUGCUGAGUGGUGAAAUGGUGGUGGAGCAGAGGGCUGCAGUGAUUGAGCGCUUCCGAGAGGGCAAAGAGAAGGUUCUGGUCACCACCAACGUGUGUGCCCGCGGUAUCGAUGUGGAGCAGGUGUCUGUCGUCAUCAACUUUGACCUUCCCGUGGACAAGGAUGGGAACCCGGACAACGAGACCUACCUGCACCGGAUCGGGCGCACCGGCCGCUUUGGCAAGAGGGGCCUGGCCGUGAACAUGGUGGACAGCAAGCACAGCAUGAACAUCCUGAACAGAAUCCAGGAGCACUUCAAGAAGAAAAUAGAAAGACUGGACACAGAUGACUUGGACGAGAUUGAGAAAAUAGCCAACUGAGAAGCUCCUGCAGUCACUGGUGCCACCCUUGGUGCUCCCCCUGCACGGGACACUAGUGCUUUCACGGCACAGGCCUCAACAGUCAACACAAGGAUGAAGGCACGAGUAGAGAGAAACUACCUACCUCAUUUUAAAUUACGUUUGGACUUGACAAAAAUUGCGCAAAUGAUGGGGGAAGGUAGAAGAAAAAGUUUGCAUUUUCGAAAAUUUAGUCCUUUUCCUCCCAUCCCUUUUUAAAGCCACGGUUUCCUCCGUCUUUAUAACAACAUGCUCACUAUUGGUAAUCGCUGGCCCCAGGAUCCCCUGCCUGUUUUCUGGCUAGGGGUGUUGAGACCAGCCUCUAGCUGCUGAAGAAACGAUAGAGGUAUAGGCAGAGGACGGGAAAGGCCCGGGCAACUCAGCUGUGUGAGCUCCUGUGUGUGGGUGGAGCAUGCGGGGCGGCGGCAGAGAGGCCUGUGAGCAACACCCCCAUCCCUGACUGAGACUUGUCACGAAUGUCUCUUGCCCUUGGCCGCCUUCCUUCUCCUCAAAUCCAGAGAUGUUCCAGCUGAUCCCUUUUACCUCUGUGCAGAGUAUAUCCUUCUCUCUCCCUGUGUGAGCAUCUUGGCUACUUGGUAAAGCUCAGAUUUGGGGAGAACCACGGAAGUCAGUGAAUCUUCAGAGGGACUGCUCUGGCAAGAGUGGAUGAUCUAGGGCUGUCUUCUCCUCUCGCAGUUGUUCUGUCUGCUCAGGUACCUGGCGUCACAGCAGCCAUGGGACACCGGGUGGUUUUCUGACACACGCCUGGCCGAGUGAGUUGAUUCUCACCCAUGGAUGUCACACUGUGCCUGGAGUCGAGCAGCAGAGUUUGGAAAGGAAGUUAUGACCAAGUGAAAACUCUGAUUAUGCUCUUCAUCCAUAACAGUAGAUGAACUUUAAUUCAUACAUUGUCUGUAUGAAUAAGGAUGGAUAAAUUAGAGCUAUACCCAUCGUUCAUUAUGUUAAGAAAUUUAAAAAUAACUAUGGAAACGCUUUACUAAUCAUGAUUUGUUUUUACUUGUAUUUUUCUGCUUAUUAGACUAAUAUAUGCUCAUUAAAAAAUGUGUGUGUGUGUGUGUAUAUAUAUAAAGUGUAAGUGCUCACCCCCACCUCUCUGGGAUCACCGUUGCUGGCAGCUUGGUGAACAUUCAGUAUAUUGCCUUCUGUUUGCAUAUAUCAACCCACUUUUCUUUUACAAAAAUGUGAACAUUCUACUCACGCUCUUGUGCAAUCUGCCUUUUCACUUACCCGUGUAUCUUGGACAUGUGACAUGCAUGUGCCUCACUCUCAACAAGCAUCAUUCCAGCGUGUAGCUGCCCCAGCAUUACGUCACGGCUCCUAGUGAUAGGCACUUGGGGGCUUCCACUGUGUUGCUGUCCACGGUGAAAAUACCAGUCCCGCUCCUCUCUGAGCCCAGCUGAGACUCACUCAGGAUGUAUACCUGGAAGUAGAGUUGUUGCGUCAGAGUGGGGACCCUUAACAUUUUAACACAUUGUUGAUAUAGCCUGCCGAAAAGUUUUUUACCAAUUUAUGUUAUUGCAGUGAUAACAAAGAUACCUAUUACGUGCUUACCAACCCCCUCUAUUAUCAAUUUUUAAAACUGCCAGUCUGAGUAGCAAAAAUAGAUUAUAUAACUGCUUUUUUUUUUUUUAAUUUAGUGAUGUUUGGCAAAUUUUCAGUUUAUUGGUAUUUGUGUUUUCUGUUUUGGUGUGCUGCCCAUUCCUGUCUCACCAUUUUGCUACUGGCUUGUUAGUCCUCGCUGAAUUUUAGCCACCUUUCUAUUUUAGGGAAAUUAGACUGUCUUGAGUGGUGGACGUUUUCCUUUUUGUCUUUACAAAAGUUUGUCUUUACAAAACCAUUUUUUCUUAAUACUGCACAAAAGUUUAAUAUUGGUCAGAAUGGCCAUCAUUUAAAAGUCUACAAACAAUAAAUGCUGGAGAGGGUGUGGAGAAAAGGGAGCCCUCUUGCACUGUUGGUGGUAAUGUAAACUGAUACAGCCACUGUGGAGAACAGUAUGGAGGUUCCUUAAAAAAACUAAAAAAAUGAACUACCAUACGACCCAGCAAUCGCAUUACUGGGCAUAUGCCCGGAGAAAACCAUAAUUCAAAGAGUCAUGUACCACAAUGUUCACUGCAGCACUAUUUACAAUAGGCAGGACACGGAAGCAACCUAAGUGUCCAUUGACAGAUGAAUGGAUAAAGAAGAUGUGGCACAUAUAUACAAUGGAAUAUUACUCAGCCAUAAAAGGAAACGAAAUUGAGUUAUUUGUAGUGAGGUGGA